ACCUGCUCUGCUGCAGUCCACAGAACUUGUCACUUGUUCAGUAAGGCUGAAUGGAUCUUGGAGACGUUGCUCAGCUAUGCGAUAGAGAAGAAAAUUAGUUGAGCCGAGCACCGCUGCACGGAUUUUGUUCGGCCGUUUAACCUCCACCUGGCUGACAGAGGGAGACCGUUCUACGUUUUUGACUCUUUCCAACUAUUUCCCUCCAAACUUUCUCUUCGUACUUUGCUUUUUGUCCCUGCUGUCCACCAUGACCCUGUUGUCUGGGGACCAGUCUGCGAGGCCCCAGCCCUACGCGCUGUCAGAACCGGACAAACACAUCAGCACGUCGUUGCACCAGUACACAAUGGACUACCCUGGCUCCAAAGAGGACUACCUGGACAGCGCUGUGUUCGGAGCCGUGGAGCCUCACAGGCGCUCUCGGGGUCGCCUCAUCCUCCACAGCCUGGUGAUGUUCGGCAGGGAGUUCUGCUACGCUGUGGAGGCCGCCUUCGUCACGCCGGUGCUGCUGAGCGUGGGCCUGCCUCGCAGUCUCUACAGUCUAGUGUGGCUAAUCAGCCCCAUCCUGGGCUUCCUGCUCCAGCCCAUCAUCGGCUCAGCCAGCGACUACUGCCGCUCGCCGUGGGGCAGGCGGAGGCCCUACAUCCUGGUCCUCGGCAUCCUCAUGAUGAUAGGCAUCAGCAUGUUCCUCAACGGGGACGCCGUCAUCUCAGCACUAGUGAGUGACAGGUCUUUGAAAAGCACCUGGGCCAUCGUUGUGGUGAUGUUCGGGGUGGUGCUGUUUGACUUCGCUGCGGAUUUCAUCGACGGUCCCAUCAAGGCCUAUCUGUUUGACGUGUGCUCGCAUCAAGACAAGGAAAGAGGGCUGCACUACCACGCUCUGUUUACAGGUCUGGGCGGAGCUUGUGGUUACCUGGUGGGAGCGAUGGACUGGGGCCACUCGGUGUUGGGUCGCCUGUUGGGCUCAGAGUACCAAGUCAUUUACUUCUUCUCAGCGCUCACCUGGGGCAUCUUCCUCACCGUGCACCUCUUCAGUAUUCCAGAGAAGCCUCUGGACAAGGAGCCGUCCGUGUCCGACUCCUCCUCGCCCAGCGCCCUCCUCCUGCUGAGCUCGCACAGCAACGGUUACGGAGCUCUGAGCAAGGAGCCCGUGUCUCCUGUGGCCCCGGCACCUGCUGGAGACCUCAGGCCUCGAUCCUUCUCUGCUCUGGGAGAAGCCAACUCAGUGACAUCCAGCGCCAAGCAGCCAAACAAAGAGGAUCAGAAGAAGAUGACUUUCAGGUCCCUGAUGAAAGCCAUCGUCAACAUGCCGAGUCACUACCGCUACCUGUGCAUCAGCCAUCUGCUGGGAUGGACGGCCUUCCUCUGCAACAUGCUCUUCUUUACUGAUUUCAUGGGACAGAUUGUUUAUAAAGGAAACCCUUAUGCAGACCACAACUCUACAGCUUAUGCCACGUAUGAAAGAGGAGUAGAAGUUGGUUGCUGGGGACUGUGUAUUAAUGCCGUGUCUUCUGCUCUCUAUUCAUAUGUGCAGCGCUUCCUCCUUCCAUACAUCGGACUGAAGGGAUUGUACUUCAUGGGCUACUUCAUGUUCGGCAUGGGAACCAGCCUAAUCGGCCUUUUCCCCGAUGUUGUCGCCACGCUCGUCCUCUGCAGUGUGUUUGGCAUCAUGUCCAGCACGCUCUACACCAUCCCGUUCAACCUGAUCGCAGAGUAUCAGCGUGAAGAAGAGGAACAACCCAAGCUACAGGCGAGCAAUAAAGCCCCCCGGGGCACGGGGAUGGAUUGUGCAGCUCUCACCUGUAUGGUCCAGCUGGCUCAGAUCAUCGUGGGGGCGGGGCUCGGCGCUCUGGUCAACGUAGCAGGAAGUGUCAUCGUGGUGGUCCUGUCGGCCUCGACCAUGUCCCUGAUCGGCUGCAUCUUUAUUGCUUUCUUCAUCAGAUACGUGGAAUAAUAAUAAAACAAAAACUGCUCGGAAAUAAUUUUAUUGCUGUUCUUUUAAUAAACAAAAGAUCUUUAUUUUA